CUGGCUUCAUCAAACAUAAUUAUAGCUAAAGCUACCAGCAGACUAAAAGAAUAUAUGUAGCUACUAACAGCUGGUUAAGCAAGCCAACUGCCAAAAAUUAACAAACUGCAAACCAAGGCCUUUGUCUGAUUACUGUGAUAUAGUACAUCAGUUUCAGUUUAUGUGGCUUUUAUGUUUUAGUUUAAACUAUAAAUCAUGGAUAUAUUUCUGUGCAACUGAGGUAUCAUGCUGUUUAUGCCGAAAUUUCGAUACUGUAUUCCAUAUACAUUUGUUUCUGCUGUUUUGGUUCAAGAUAUUGGCUUACAGGCUCUUGAAGCCAUCUGUAGUUUAUUGUGAUUCUAUUGUCUACAGGAUUUCAGAACUGCGCAAUGUUUCAAUCACGCCAUUCAAACUGGCUUUUGAAUAGACUCGACUUGGUGAAAGCUGUGUUAAUCCUGGAUAGCAAGCAACAGGUCUAAGAGUUUGCGUUGGACUUAAAGUGUUCCCCUUGUAUGAUGACUUGGUUAUUUGGAGCCAUCUUUCAUUCAGAUAAGUUUUGUUUACUUCUUUCUGUAUUAUGCACCUAUAUUGAACAUACUGAGAAUAUGUCGUAGUACAUAUUAUUUAUACGAAGUUAUGAACUUGUACAUAGUAUAAUUUGUAGCUAACUCAUGUAAGCCAAGUUUCUAUUUUCUGAUGAGUAGUCAAGUCCCGUGAAAUUUGGUCUAUAAUGUGCUGCAGGCCUGCAGCUCUGCUGCUAACCUAAGCAGUAGUUACUUUUGUCUAGAAGUUUAAAUCCUCUCUUAAACUGAAAGAGACAGCUUAUGCCAGAAUGACUCUUUAGAAUGAUACAAAUUUUUAUACUUGUAUAACUUAUGCUUAACUGAUUUUUUGGAAUGCAAAGGCAAAUUUCAUGAAUUGAUAUGCACUACGAGGGUAGAGGGAUUGAUUCUGGAUAGGAGAGCAUCUUAAUUUUUUCUUUGAUAGGAAUAUAAAGGAAAAUAGAAAGAAGAUAAAAAGGUGGAUUCUUGUGUAUAUAGUUCUGCCAACCUCAAAAUGUUGAGAUUCUGCGUAAUUUGCAAGUAGUGUAUUAAAAGUUUGACAUUAUGCUUUCUAAUGCAAAACUUUGACCAUUGAUAUCUUUAAUGAUCAAUUACAAAAGUUUGAUAUGUUUAGACUAAUCUCACAUCAUUUAAAAAAAAAAAAAAAACUUCCUUUGUUCUUAAUUAAUAAAAGAGUAACAAUUAACUACAAUGUUAUUUUGGAAAGUUUGACAAUUAUUGCAACAAUUUUAUUUUGGGGAUAAUGAAUUAAGGGGGUAAUAAAAGUCAUACUAGAAAAAACAUAAGUGAUUAGCGGUGUUAUUAUAGGAGAUAAGGUGUUUACAAAUGAAAUAUGGUAGUUGUGUCAUGAAAUAAAGAGAGAGAUGGAGGAAUCAUUAUGAUAGUAAUAGUUCUCCACCCUCCCCCUAGUAUAACUAUUACCCCCAUAAUGAGGGGUUAUAGUUCUCUUUUCUUCACCUCUCACCACACCGUUACUAUACAAACUCUCUUACAAUCUCACCAUCACUAUCUCAUCCUUCCUUAAAUUCUCUUUCAUUUUAUAUGGUUUGACUUUUAUUACCCUAGUAAUACAUCACUCUCAAUCCAAGCAUGCCCAAAAAGUAGAAACUUUAACCUUGCCAAAACCACAUGUUUACCUUUUGUUUCUCUUUCUUCGAUUUCUCAUCACAUGAGGUUCAAUAUAGAAUCUACUCAACUUGAGCAAUUAAAUAUUUUAUCUACUUUGGAGUUUUAUUUAUGUCUUUUUAUUCAAAGCAUUUACUUAUUGUCUUUGCGUGUGUGUGUGUGUGUGUGUGUGUGCAUGUGCACUUAUAUUAAAGGUGUGAAGUUUUUUUUUUUUUUUUUACGAAUUUACUAGUUGCAUUUAUCUUGAAACACUGUAGUUGCAUCUUGCAUUAUUGAUAGUUACAGUAGAAUAGGAAAAGAUACUGUUUUUCUUUGAUAUUAACUCUUUGUGAAAAGCUUACUAUUAUGGUGUAUUUAUGGGUACAAACUUUUUGUUAUCGCAAAAUUUUCAUAAACUUCCUUCUUACAGGGGCUUGACAAGGAUGAUCAAAUUCAACAUAUCAACUGACAAUUACAUGACAUUCAUCCAACAAGUACGAGACUGGGCAAAGGAUCCAAAUAGGUUUUCCCAUGGUUGUCCUGUCCUUCCACAUCCACCUCCAACAAUGAAAGAAGCACAAUAUAUGGACAUUGAAUUACGAGCAAAAGAUGCUAAGCAAAUAGAACGAGUUCUGACUGUGAAAAUAAGACGGCAUGACCUAUACAUUAUUGGCUAUCGGAUGGAUGGAGCUACCAACUGGCUUGAGUUUAAGUGGGACACUACCAAUUUAAAGUUAAUUCCUCAUUCUGUAUCUCUUGGCUUUGGUGAGAACUAUGAUAACCUUGGUAAGCUAGAGAAUCUUGAGAAGGUGGGCUACAGCACGCUCAAACAAACUAUCAUUGACCUUGCUUUAACUACAGACAGCAAAACCAGGAAGUCCUCAUUGCGUGCUUUAGCUGUUAUGAUAUCGGAGACAGUUAGAUUUCAGAAGCUGUCUGAUACCUUCGCCCCGGUGAUGCAGGCACUAAAAGAUAUUAAAUUUGAUGAGACUUGGAUGGAACCUCUGAUUAAGAAUUGGGGUGAUCUUUCAGACAUGUUACUACGUGAGGACCAAUUCGCCAUUUACUUCCGCCUACCUCGAGAUAAAGAGACUAAUCAGCCUAAUAUCCUUACAAGGACAAAGGAGUUGGGAAUAGUCACUUCAGCAGAUGCAGCCAAGUGUAUCUCUGUCUUGAAAGGAAACUAUCCAACUCGUAAAUUGCAACUCAUGGGAAUUCCUGCUGCAGCUAAUUCAGGUAACUCCAUUCAGGGCAAAGGGUUACCUCUUCUCCAGGUGUUCUCUGUUCAUAUCAACAACAUUGCUGGUGAAAUCUAUGGAACAAUUCAAGUUGAUGAUGGCUUAGGUACCCUCCAUCUCUACAAACGACAGAGGACUGAUUACGAGUCCAUUAAAACUAACGAGGCUCUGACUCUCACUGGGCCCUAUCGCUGCACAUCGGUUAGUCAAUAUUUUAAAGUGAGUCUUGAUCUCAAGAAGCGGGGCAAUAACCCUACUUCAGAUGUUGAAGUAAGCAAUGAUUUGUUCUCAUGGGAUAUUUGUCAACUCAGCAAUGAUGAUUACUAUGACAAGCGUCUAUCUAAUGUUGUGAAUGGCAGAAGUGGGUCUGCAACAGUGUACUACACCCCGUUUCGUGAUGCAGUGCAGGCUAAUGUGGAAGUUGUGCUUAUCAAUGGUGAUGGUAAAAACCCAGCUGAAGUGUAUGGAAGCCUGGUUGCUCGUUAUAGCAACUAUAUUUUUUCCACUGGUGAUGAGCAAGCUAAAUACCAAAGUACUCUGUUUAACAAGCCAAGCAAGGAGUUUGUGAAGGUGAACCCUGGUACACCCAUCCCAUUGUCGAGAGCUGUAAUCAGUGUGCCUACUACGGGAUCCCUUAUAACUGAAGCUAACAUAUUUGUUAGUUCUAAUAAAGAAAUUUCCAAGGGGACAGCUGAAUUUCCUCCUCAGUUGGAUGGUAAAACUGUGAAAGCCAUUAAGGGGAAAUUUGGUCUUGUUCGAGUGACAGUAGCAUGGAAAGCUCAGAUUUCUGACGACUGAUUGACAAAAAAAUAUAUGGUUCCUGCACUCGAUCAAUGAACCAAAUAAUCUGUUUGGUCCUGAACUGAGUGCUGUUUCCAUCACUCUACUCCAACUUUAUUCGAGUAUACUCGAUAUGGUCAAUGUUGCAACCCUGGAGAGCAACUAACUGGUGGUAACAAUUUGCAAUGAAGUUGAAGUAUUUCCCUGGAGCUGGGAAUAGUAACUUCGGCAGAUGCAGCUAAAUGAAUAGCGCCAAUAGCCCUGUUGCUAGGAAACCAUCCAACUCCAGAAGACUUGCCACAAACUUAACCUGGUUCCAUUCGAUGGAAAGGAUAUCUUCUCCUCCAACCUCGAGGUGUACUAAAUACUCGUUGGAAGUGAAUUACAUUCUUAAGAAGCAAGGCAAUAACCCUUCUUCAGAGAUGAAAUCAGCAGAGGGAACUUCGUUUGCUAGUACACUGCAGGCUAGUGUUGUGCAGGCUAGUACAUUGCAGACGUUUGUGGAAGCCUGAUAGCAGCUCGUUAUAUCAACUAUGAUUUAUUGCACUGCCACUGGGAUGAGCGAACUAAAUCUUACUAUCGAUGUACAUAUUUUAAGAAGAUAGAUGAACGGGAGAAUGUGAAGGUGAAGUGUGGGACAGGAAAUCUCAUCCCAUUGCUGAGAUCUGUGAUACCUGUGCCUACUAUGGGUCUAUAGGAUUCCUUGGAAGUUAUUGAGGGAAGGGAAGCAUGGCCAUGUUCGAGUGACAGUAACAUGAAGUUAUGUACACCCAGGUGAGGGUGUCUAUAGGUUCCUGCAGAAUUUGUUAUAUGCACCCAAGUGUACAUAAUAGGCUAUCGGGUUCCUGUGAUCAAUCGCUACUGAUUGUGCUUUAAUGUCUUAGAUGUAAUGGUUUUUGGACACUUAUUUCAGAGUUUUUUUUUUUUUUUUUUUGAGGUAAUUUUCCAAAGACUUCUAUAUUUGAGCUUCAAUUACCAUUAAAAACUGAGCCUGGCUUGUUAUCUAGUUGCAUACAAAGAAUAUGCCAAGUCUUAAUAAAUUAGUUUAUUAGAUUAAAAGUAAAAUAAUGCUUCAUUUUUCUUGAUUGACUUGGUUAAUCAAGUAAUAGUGGCCAUUUCAAAAUCAAUAUAUACUAAUAUACUUCGUAUUAAAAGAUUGUAACGUAACACAACAAAUCUCUCUAGGAUUAGUUUUUUUUAAAGAGAAAUGGGAUAAAAAAAAAUGGAAGGGGUAAAUAGAUGUGAACGUUGAAAGCGCAAUGAGUGUAUGUUUUUAGGGUGAGAGUUGUGGUGUUAUUUAUAGGAGGAGAUAGAUUUUGACUUUGAAACAGGCUUUUUUUUAUUGUGUGUUUUUUUAUUUGCUUGGAGAGCAAGGAUUAUGCGUGGAGAGAAAGGUAACCGACGUGUUUGAUGGGAGAGUAUUUAAAUAAUUAAUACUUUUUUUGACGUGUAAUUAAUUAAUAAUUUAGUUUAUAGAACCACACUAAACAAACUAUCUAUAACCUCAGGGGCUAUAAUAGGAGUUUUGAAAUAAAUUAAUACUUUAAUUUUUUUUUAAAAAUAAAUUACGGAGUAAUACUUUAAUUGAGAUUUAAUGAUUUGCGAUUAUCGAAUUCUUUUUUUUUUACACAAAUUAUCGAUUUCAAACUUGAUUAGUAAAUGAAAUUAUAUUAUUUCAAAAAAAAAAAAGUAAAUGAAAUUAUAUGAUUUUUUUUUUUUUGAAAGAAAAUGAAAUUAUAUGAUUUGAUUUGGCAUGAAUUGUUAUUGACCACCAACUCGAAAUCAAAAGAUUAUUUAUUAACAGAUAGGGCCGGAUAUCAUUUAUGAGACUAAUUCAAAUAUUUUUUUGAGCCGCACUUAUUUAAAAGGACAAUACUAUACAUACCCUUAGGGCUAUAUAUAAGUAUUAAAUUACAUUAGAAAAUCGUAUAAUAUAGGAAAUAAAGAAAAAUAUAAACACUAAUUACACUGAUUUGCACGCGUUUUUAUCACGAAUUCCUAGUUUUAUACGAUUUUCAAAAGUAUAUUUAAUGUUUAGGGCUACAUACAACAUAACCCUAUUUAAAUUAAAACAACGUUUUUUUAGUGUGGCCAAUCCAUCACACCGUGCGGCAAAUAAUUGACACAUACCAAAACACAGACCGAGUAACUUCUUACCAAAUGAAAAACCCCUGACCAAGUAAUGCGGUCACACAGUAUGACCAAUCACAUAUGAAAAAUUUGUGAUUUCGAAAUAUUUUACUACGUAUACAAUAAUUAUUCCGGGAUUUCCCUUCUCUCACAUAGUCCCAAACCUACAACAUUUGUUGUAAUUUUUAGGGGUAUUAAAAAAUCGGUUCCAAACCUACAACAUUUGUUGUAAUUUUUAGGGUAUUAAAAAAUCGGUUUGGACUGGGCCGUCUAGUAGGUUGCAAAAUUUAAAAUUUCGAUUACCCCUUAAAAAUGGGCGUAAUGGAUAAAAUUUGGUUAAGGGUCACCACACAACGAAUUAGUAACAUAUUCUGAGUACCCCUUACAAAUGUUGUAGGUAUGAUUCAAAUUCUGAGUACAAUUUGGUUUGGGUAGUGGGUCACAAUCCAUCGUUCAAGUAUACGUUGGUAUGAUUCAAAUUCUGUUCAGAUAAACUUUUUCAAGUUAGUUUAGUUUUUAACAAUUAAAUUUUUUGGGUGCAGAUGAUCCACUAGAAAAAUACAAAUUACAAAUAAGGAUCAACGGCUUUUAAUCUAUGACCUAUUGUUUCUCAGUAUAGUUUUAAAUUUUUAAAAACAUUAUAAACACUGUACAACAUAGAUAGUCAAUUGAAUUGUCAAUGUAUGUUUGCAUAUAUGGUUUAGGCCAUAAUUAGUUAUUUAUUUAUGGAAAUUUUGUGAAAAACUACAUAUAAUAGUCCAGAAUUUGCGAGAAACUACCUAUUAAAAAAAUGUUGUAAUUGACUACCUAAUUUUGAAAAAUGUUGUAAUUUACUACCUUAGACCGAAUUAUGAAGUUUGACCAAAAUUUUUCGACGUUGACUUGGUCACGUGACACUUAGUGACCAUCAUGUGGGAAAAUUGUGAGAAAAUUUGGGAAAGAAAAGGGUCAUUAAUUGUCACGUGAUGGUCACAUGACCAAGUCAACGCCGGAGAAUUUUAGUCAAACUCCUUCAUAAUCCGGUGUAAGGUAGUAAAUUACAACAUUUUUCAAAAAUUAGGUAGCCAAUUACAACAUUUUUUUUAAUAGGUAGUUUCUCGCAAAUUCUGGAGUAUAGUAGGUAAUUUUUCACAAAAUUUCCUUUAUUUAUAUUUAUUUUGUUUCAGGUCAUUAUCUUCCAUUCAUGUGUUAUAAGGUCAUUACUUAAGUUACAUUAAAAUUAGAUGUGAAACUUUUAAUUAAGUAUGCACUAAAGGGUUAAGAGAUCAAGUAUUGAUAUAUCAAGACUUGUUAAUAUAAUAUAUUAAAAAGACCGAUACAACAAUCACGUACUCAAGUUGAUUAAUGGCUACAAAUCACACUUGAGAGCCCACUUUGAUUAGUAGUAAA